UGCAGCGCGUGAACCGGAAGCAGCAGCAGCCGCAGCUGUGUUGUUGUUGUUGUUGUUGUUGUUGUUGUCUUGUUGUGUUGUUGUGUUGUGUUGACGGACACUUUGAUAGCAGAGACUCGCCUGGAGGACAGCAACGACCAGAACCAGGUGGCCUCCUGCUGCAGCUGCCAUGGCGCUGAUCUCUCUGGAAGACCUCGACGGAUUGGACGAUGAGCAACUAGAUGAUGACAUCACAGACAACCCAGAGCCAAUGGAUGAAGACGAGCGGCUGCUGACACACUGGCAGGCGGUUGCCAGCACGCACCAUGUGUCUGUUCCUCCAGAUAUGACUGGACCCAUACAGGAAAUGACCAACAACCAGCAGAGGGAGCCAAUCCCCUUCACCCCAGUGUCCUGCCACGAGAAGAUGGGAGAGGUUCUGUACGAGGAGCGCUGCGUUCCCGCCGGUCACUGGGCCACUGUGACUAAAGGAGAAGAUCUGUACGAGCAGAGCAUCUCGAUGGGCUUCAUGAAGCUGAUGCGCUUUAUCUGCAAAGAAAACUCUGCAGGCAGAUAUUUGGGGAUGACGGUGCCGGUGAUGAAUCACAUCCGCAUCAAGCCGGACGGAAACACGUUUGAGAAAGACGUCCAGACGUCCAUCUUCCUGCCGGCGGAGUUCCAGCCAGAUCCUCCCAGACCCUCCGACCCCGACAUCACCAUCGUCUACCGAGAGCCAAUCAGAGUCGUCGCCAGGACGUUCUUCGGGACGACCACGGAGCAGACGCUGAGCGCUCAGAUCGCCGUGCUGUGGGAGAUUUUGGGCGCCGGCGCCGACGUCUGCAGAGACGGCUACAUGGUGGCGGUGUACGAGAACCCCGGCAUUCCUCGCCGCCGGAACGAGAUCUGGUUCCUCCGACGCAACCUGUAGACUUCCCAUCAUGCUCUGCUCCUCCUGUGAUUGGCUGCUUCGCUAUCUGCUUACUUCCUGUAGCUUCCACAGUUUCUUUUUUCAUGUCAUUGACGCUAAUGCUCCGAGUGUCUGAGAUCGGAAGUCGUACUUUCAGACUUCAGUUUGUCUGAAUGUUGACUGUAACCAUGACAAGAAACACGGCCGCUACUCGGAGGAUAUGCUGACUGUUCGGACUCGGAGACUCUAAACUCUUUCUUUCAGAGCUGCAGUAUCACUUUAUAUAGUAUAUAUAACUUAACGAUACAUAAACACAUAUUAAAGUGUUCUCAACAAACUGCUUGUUGAGUUUAAAACUAAUGAAAGGAAAUAAUUUCUAACUUUCUUUACCUGAACAAAUUCAACAUUGAAUUGAAUAUUAAAAAGAACGACAGUUACAUUUUAAAGUUCAGUUUUCUAAAGAUAUAUUCUCUCAACUAACACAAAUCUAAGAGUGCGUUUC